AGAUACAGUGGAGGCUUGUGAGCAAAGAUAUUGAGAAGUUUCGGGGAGACGUGAUGGGAUUCACGAUGUCACUGAAGAUGCUGCUGGAAAUCAUCACCAUUCGGAUCGUCUAGCGAAACCAUAAUAGCGUCCACCAGAAACUUUCGUCUAUUGAAGGCCAGUCACAGGCCGCGCUGCAAGAGAAUCGCCGGUUCCAAACAUCCGUGUCGUGGAUUGGACAAACCAUGCGCUCACGGUUGGGCUAUAUAGCUCAGCUCGGCAUCGAGUUAAAGAGUGCAACAACCCAGGUCAUAUCAAUACUGUUCACCCUGGCGGGCGAGCUGAGCAGUAUUCGCGCGGCACUUUCACAACUAGAACGCCCACUAAACGGAGAACACGAACAUUUCCUUUUGGAGGAUCCCACCGGAAGGCUUUUUCCCGUCUACCUCAGAACCGUUACGUCUUGGGAAGGCUUCGAGUUUCUACUUGCGGAUAGGCUCAAGGGAAAGAAGGGUGCCCGUCGGAUAUUGCGCAAGCGUUAUGUGCUGAAAGAACGAGCCACUCACCGGAAGGUUGACAGAUCUAAGGACUGGGAUGCUGCAUUCCUGCCAUAUCAGAGAGUUGACAUGAGCCUCCUUUGCAGAGAGCACUUACCAGCCCCUUCGGAAACUGCAUGGCUCUCAAGCUGCCCUCGGUGCUUCACCGUUAACUCAUCCUAUAGUUCGGGCGGCGAGUCGCAAUGCCAAAAUUGUAAUAUGCAUUAUCAGCGGGUCUUGGAGCUGGACGAAGAAGAUAAGAAUGAGUCCGCUAUAGCGGUCUCGGGCGAGGAACUUGGAAAUAAAUCCGAUUCGACCACAGGCUCAAAUUCGCCGGACCUCGACGACUCGGACGAAGAAGAUGUUAACGGUUUAGUUCGAGUCGUUCUCGUAAAUUUAAAGACAUUCACUCCGCGCAUGCGGAUCUCCCGGGGUUCGGAAAAGAAAUUCAAGAACAUUGAGUGAGGAGUUGAAAAAAGGGGCACGAGUGGAAUAUCGACACCAUUUAGAGAAAGUCUGAGAGGAUCUUCUCUCGAGUCAAGAGAAGAUAGACGCUAAGA